AUGGACGACAACGGUCAUCAACGACUUGACGAUACAUCUUGCGAGCACGAGGAUUUGCUCGACUCUCUCCCUUGCAUUCCAACCAUGUGCUGCUGUGGGAACGACGACUGCACAUUCCAGCAGCAGAACAACGAGGCCUUUGCCUCAUUGGACGAGAAUCUGCGCAAAGCCGGGCGACUGNGGAAAGGUCAGUGUUUUGCUCUUCUCGUCCGCCAUGAAGCCUAUGUGGCCGAGGCCGAGGAGCAAAAGGCUUUGAUGGAUGCUGAGAUAACCCGUAUGACCGAGGAANAGAAGGAACUUGAAUCGAACAACUCGAUACUGAUCGAAGAGAACCGCAACCUGCUUGAUCAACUCGAAGGUCUCAAUAGUGCUGCUGUCGAAUCGGAUGCUCACACCGAGUCACUUACUGCCACACUACAACAAACUCAGGCUGAACUACAUCGAUUGAACACACUUGCCGCCCGGACCGAGAGACUCGAACGAGAAGUCGAGGAGUAUGAACAAGAACAGGCCAUCCUCCACGCAACCCUUGCCCACAAGACAGAGUCGGAGAAAGCAGCGACCCUGCGAUGGCAGGAUGCAGAANGAAAGUUGGCUGCCAUGGAGAGCCAGCUGGAGAAGAUAGAGCGUGAGGCUAGGGAAGACAAGGAAAGACAUGUCGAGAUUGUUGGGCGUAUGGAAAGGCAAAGAGUGGUCGAGCAGGAACUAGAAACUGCUCCUGGCCGACUCAGGGGUGCUGCAGCUGCAAAGACAGCAAAGCAUGGCAGCACUGUCGUCUCACACUUCGUCAAGGACAUUCUUCAGGACAACGUCAAUCUGCAAGCUGGAAUCGCCGAGUUGCGUGAGAUGCUCGACAACUCAAACGAACAAGUCGAGAUCUUGAGAGAUCAGCUCGCCCAGUACACGCCUACAGACAUAGCUUCCGACCUUGAAUCCCCCGCACCAUCAGCACGCCCAAACUUGGAGAAGGAGAUCAAGCGGGCCAGCAUGCAGCAGGAAGUUCACGUCCAUCAUCAUUACCAUGCCCCUGCCGAACAUUCAAGGAAAGCAAGUCUGACGCUACGCCGACCAAAGAAAAAGCGCAACGUAGUCGCUUCUGGUCUUUUCACACCUUCUACGGGCUCGCGUACACCUCGUUCAUCAAUAUCUGCAGCCAGCCCGUAUACCNCCUCGUCGACUGCGGCCAUCCUGUCACAAACGGCCGCAAGCAUCCCACAUCGAAACGUUAACCGUUGGUCUAUGCAGUCUCACAUGACCUCCAGCUCAAUGCUCAGUUCGCCUCAAUCCAUUUAUCCGGCGUCGUCUAUUUGGGAUCGUGAUGAUUCGCUCAUAGACUCAUCUCGACCGACUACGCCUGAUAGUGAGGCACCAACCUCGCCUUACUUUAUCCAUCAGUCCAAAAGAUCCUCAUCAGGGUCCUAUUUUCGUGCCUUGCCACAACCGGCCUUUCGUGAUGGCGCUUCAGAUCGCUUUGAGGAUUAUGAUCAGUCAUCCUACAACUUUGCUGCUGAAGGCCAAGGACGGUCUGAUGAUCAAGCACUUACAGGAGGGCAUGGUGCAAUUCUUGAAGAAGAUGAAGGGAAUCAUCUGGAUUCUUCUGUGCCAUCAACUGAUGAGAGUCGUCCUCAUUUGCCUUCUUUCAUUGACGACACUGAGAUCUCAGCUUAUACCAGGCCAACAAUCCUGGACGAAAACAUUUACACGCGUCCUCGGCAUCGCCGGGCUGCUUCGCAUGAAUCUUUGAUAUCCGUGUCUGGCAUGGAUAUUCACACGCUCCAAUCUCGUCCGUCACAACUUUUGACAGCACAAAGUUCAAGGUCCUUCUCACCACAAGCCUCAGUUACAGCCACCCUCUCCUUGGCACAUGCUGCUAGGCCUGCAUUAACGUCACGAACAUCAAGCAGUAGCCGUAGUAUAUUACAAGGAGUGGCGGCUGAACAGAAGGCUUCUAGCACACCGCCAAGAGGUCUUGGCCAAAGGGUAGGCGGAUGGGUGUUUGGCAAGUGGGGAUCUACCCCUACGCCUACAGUCACUGUGUCUGCACCGAUGGACCAAAUCAAAGUUGACAAGAAGCGCAUGUCAACAACAGCAAGCAAACUGAGACCACCGGGCAUCAACCAGGCUGGUCCCAUUUUUGGAUUCGGGCCAGAGCCACAACUUCCUCGCGAGCCAAUUCUCAGAACCUUGAAUGAAGAGGAGUUGUGGGAAUGCCUGAACGAGUGA